AUGUCGCUGCCAAGCAACCAGGAGCUGGUCAAGCAGAUCCGCUCCAUCCUCGUCAAAGCCUACGACGAUGGCACCGUUGCAGAACACUCCAAGCGCCGAAUCCGCGAGAUGCUUACCGAGCACUUUGGCGUCGAUCUCGAACCGAUCAAGAAGGAGAUUAACAAGAUGACGCAAGAACAGAACGAGGAGGAGCAAGAUGUUCGUGCACAGGCAUCGACCUCUCGCUCUGCAUCGCCGGUCAAGGCUGCAAAGCCGACCAAAGCUACCAAGGCUAGCCUAGCAAAGUCGCCUGCCAAGGACCAACCGGCAAAGAAGACGACCAAAAAGACUUCCGGCUCCGGAUCCAAACGCAAGCAGCUCGACUCUGAAGACGACGUUGUAGUCGUCGACGACGAUGACGGCACUGGCGAGGACGAUUACAAAGAGGCAGCCGCAUCCGGAGCUGCUACAUUUUCGACCACCAUCAGCUCCGACCUCGGCGACGCAGAGCAACCAUCGGACCAAUUCAGCGAACUCGAAGAAGACCUGUCCACCUCGCGUGUUCACCAAAAGAAAGCCACCAAAGCCGCCGCAACCAAAAAGUCCGCUCCCUCCUCCUCCUCUUCCGGCAGCCGCCGCAAGAGCACUUCAACCACUGCCGGUGGCAGCGAAGCAGAACAGCGCCUGACGCGGCUCAAAAAGCUAGUCAGCGAAUGUGGAGUUCGCAAGCAGUGGAAAAAGCUCUACGAAGCCGCCGGUGUCUCAGAAACCGAUUUCGGCGGACAGUGCACCGUCGUGCAAGGCGUGCUCAAGGACCUGGGUAUGACGGGCAAAGGGUCGAUCGAACAAGCUCGAAAGAUCCGGGAGGAGCGCGAAUUCGCCGAUGAACUGGCGGCGCUACAUGAGAACACGGUGCUGGACAGUGGGAACAGAACUAGGAAGACCAGAGGUUCGGCGACGGGAAAGAGCGAGAAGGUGUCCAGGAAGGUGAUCGCCCUGAGCGAUGAUGAUGAUGAUGACGACGAAGACGAUGACGAGAGCGACUUUGAGGGAGGGCCUUCGAAGAGGUCUCGGUCGAGGGUCAGCGAUUCGGACGCCGAGAGCCAAGACGACGGCCCUACACGUCGAAAAAGCUUCAAAUCCUCGCUAGCAAGCUUUGCCGCUGGCCUCAACUCUGAUUCGGACUAG